UCGCGGGAUAUUAUUUGACAUUCUUCCGCCUCGGCCUGUUUCCAAUUGCCGCGAGAAAGAAACCCCGUGGACAACAAAGAUCACCCAACUAAGUUGUCCCGAACACCCGCAAGAUGAUGAGAGUCGAGUCUUCUUCUAUCGUUGCAAGAGCCCGGGAUAACUACUAGCUCGGUCGGAAAAACAGAAAAAGAGCCACACCCAGACAACCAGGAAGUGUCAGAUUCAAUACAGUCGUACCGGUAUUCUCACAAAUUCAGCAACUGAAAAUAUAGUUCUCCGCUCACAACACUCACAACACAAACCACCAGAAUAUUCUCCCCCCUUUCAAUCAAUCCAAACAACGAAAAUGUGCACUUCUACCACCACACCUGGAAAAGGAUCCAUUGUCAAGGCAGGAGAUGCCAUGGGAUUCAAGCAGUUGUUUGACGACGAUUCUUCCACCUACACAUACCUGCUGUGGGACCCCGCCACUAAGGAUGCCAUUAUUGUCGAUCCUGUUGACAUUCAAGUCGACCGGGACUUGAAAGAAAUGGAAGCAUUGGGACUCCACUUGGUCUAUGGUGUCAACACUCAUGCCCAUGCUGACCACAUUACAGGAACAGGACUGCUCAAAUCCAAACUGCCGGGCUUGCAAUCUGUCAUUGCUGAGGCAUCACGUGCCAAGGCCGACAUUCCAGUGCGACAUGGAGACAAGAUUGUCUUUGGAUCUCGCAGUGUGACAGUGAGAGCCACCCCUGGUCAUACAGAAGGAUGCCUGUCCUAUGUUGCCGACGAUGAAUCCUUUGUCUUGACGGGUGAUGCCCUCUUGAUUCAAGGGUGUGGCCGUACCGACUUUCAGGGUGGAUCUGCUGAGAAGCUCUUUCACUCGGUCCACGCCCAACUGUUUACCUUGCCCGAUGAAACCAUUGUGUACCCAGCUCAUGAUUACAAGGGCCGCACAUCUUCCAAAAUGGGAGAUGAAAAGAAAACCAACCCAAGGUUGGGUGGAGGAAAGACAAAGGAAGAGUUUGUGGAGAUUAUGAAGAACUUGAACUUGGCAUAUCCUAAAAAGAUUGAUGUGGCGGUGCCAGCCAAUAUGCGCUGUGGCGUUCCCGAUGUGGCGUAAAACCAGCCAGCCAAUGUUGAAAUGAAGCAAUGGAAACUUGCUGAUUGGAAACGAGAGUCAGUGAUCAUCAGAUACACGGAAUUAGUAGUAGUAAACAUCAUGCAUUUAAAGUUAGUUGAGAUGAGACUACGGUCAUUGGUCUUCUCCAGAGAGGUAUCAUACCAGGU